AUGGCCUCCACCCAAAACUUAGUAACCGGGCAGUCAAGGCGCGCGGCCAACACCCCGAGAAGACUGUUGGCGCUGCCGCGCUCCCGUCUCAGCAUGGAGGCGAUUCUUUCCCGCCUAAUGACAAAAAAGUCAUCUAGUCGCGCCUCAGCGAACAUGCCAGACGCGCUGCAGAGCUUCGGCAGCCGAAACAGCAUUCUUAAGAUAUCACUAUUACUUUGUUUAGCUGUGAAAAUCCCCGAGGUGGUGAAAAUACCGGCACCGAAAGAAGAUGACAGCUUGGACCAGGAAAUCACGUUCGAGGCAGAAAAUGACGCGUGUGACGUCAGAGAGGUAGUCGUGAAUGGAAUCAGUUUGGAGCAAUCCGCUAGAAGAUCAAAUACACUUAGCCAAGCUAUGUUCCAAGUCACUCAGAACACUAUAAACAUCCACAUAGGCCCUUUCCUGGAGCCGUACGCCGGCACAUACCAGGCCAAGUUCGCGUGUGGAGAUGAAACCAUCACUAAGAACAUUAUGGAGGUCACAUUGUUAGUAUCAUUGUUUUAA